CCCGGGUCACGACGGUGACGGGCAGGCAGGGCAGGCAGGGCAGGCAGGGCCCAGGCUGACCGGCCAGUCGUCACUCCACCGUCGAGCCACCAUUGGCCACCAUGAAGGUCCUGCUCGUCCUCGUCGUGUGCGUCCUGGCUGUCCGUGCCCACGAGCCGAGCUUCGCGGAGAUCACGAGUGGAUGUGCGGACGCCGUGCGCAUCGACGAGAGCAGGCGCCUGGUCUUCAUGCUCUCCCAGCCCUUCAUCGACUUUUUCAAAACCCUGAUCUGCUUCUUCCGGCCCGUGGACGUGGUGCACCACGACGACAAGCUCCUCGAGCACCCCCUCCGCGACCUCAUCCUCCGGACGGCCUGGCAGGAGCGCGAGGAGUACAAGGACGCCAAGGGUCUGGAGCACACCAUGGAGCACACCAUGGAGCAGGGCUCCUCCAAGGCGGACAUCAUCGCCCGAAUCUGUGUGAAGGAGGCGAAUACCAUCAUCGCGCAGGACCUAAAUGAGGCAGUGAUCAGGCUCGCGAGGUGCCUCGAGCGCUAUGAUGUCGCUCUGUCGUCCGACGACAUGUCCUCUGGCGCGCCCUCUCUGAUGUGAUGAACGGAGCUGUCGCAUCGGCAGGCUCUGGACGGCAGCCGGCCAGCCAGCCGGCCAGCCAGCCAGCCAGCCGGCCCGUGCCGCACCGCCGCGCGUUGGGUUGCCUGCCGGCCAGGCGGACUGCGGCGGACUGCGGCCUUUGCGCGAAACAACGCCGUCUUGCUGUCCUAGUAUUGACACGGUAAAUAUCCUGGGGCGCGCCAUCGAAAUGUAAGCUUACUUUGUAAACACCGACCUCGACUAAGGUGACGUCUCUAAAAUCAUCCUCUGUUUGAAUACCGGAAAAAAUCACAACGGUAGCGGCAUUUGGCCCAUUUGACUCGCAUCUUGUCCUGCCCGUGCACUGUUAUUAAGACGUCCCAGAAACGCCGAAAGUACUGCUGAAAAUAAAAAAGAAAAUCGCGGUUCAUAAGUGCACGGCGUCUUCCCAAUUAAGUUUUACAACAACAAAGCAUUCGCCAUCACAAUGCGUUACGUGACUUGUGUGUACCAUCAAGUACAAUAUGAUCAGCAGAAUAAAUUAUUUUUAUAAAACAACA